UCUUUUGGAGGAAACAAUAGAGUAUCUAUCCUAUCUAUCUAAAAUAAAAUCGUGUAUUUAUUGUAUUCCUGUUUCGAUUAUAAGGAUGGUAUAGGAUAUGGCAGUAAAAUUAGGUACAACAUAAAAAAAAAAUUAGACUAUUAGACAAAAGUCUUUUAGAAAUAAGUUCACCCUUGCUUACAUUGUUCACACAGGAAAUUCUUAACCCUCCUCAUUACGCGAAGCAACGAACUAUUACGUAAUGGAGAAUAUCAAUUUAUGAAUUGACCUAUUUAUUUGUUGCUAUAAACAAACUUGUUGGUAUGGCAACACAGAAUGUUUUUUCAAUACACAUAUAAAUUUAAAAACUCAAUUACAUGAAUUAAACUUACAUAUUAUUUCAAAUAUUAAACCGACAGAUUUGAAAUAUGACGACUGUCCAAAAUGGCGAUAAUUUAUCAUUCGGUGAUAAAAAUCAUGGUUUAUCAACUGUACAAAAUUGGCACGAGCACAACCGACGUGUUCUGAAAGGUGAUAUAAUUGGUAUCACCGAUGAUAACACGUCUAUCACCAAAAACUGCAUAGUGAAGGUGAAUCAAACGUCAUGCGAAGACUUUGAGGACAGUACUGAUCAACUGAGGCACAGAGCUAGACAUAUUAACUACUGGAAAGCGGAACUAGAAAGAGCUGUAAGAGAUAUCGACGCUGAGAUAUCGAUUCUAGAAUCACAAAGGCAACAAGUUAAAAACGCUAUGGAUACACUGAAUAUACCUGAGUAUAUAACAAAGGAAUGCCUUGAUUUAAGACGAAACAGGAUGCAAUCCGAUUUAGUUUACGAUGAACCACAAGAGGAACUAUUUACUGAGUCAGCAUUGAUAGAAAACGUUAAGAGAUUACACAGAGAAAUGCUGAGAGACAUCGAGUAUCAGCUGAAGAUGAAUGCUGCCGCGAAAUGUGCUCUCGAAAGGGAUUGGAGCAAUAAAUACUUGGCUUUCAAAUACGAGAGUGAGAAUGCUGAUUUGGAAACGAAAUCUAUUAACGUAAAGGACUCAGCAGGAGCAACUAGACUGUCUGAAGGUCAAUCCAACGUUGAAUCUUGGGAACAGUACACUAUAAAUGCACUGGAGCAAUUUAAAAGCGCCAUUGAUAAAUCUAAAGCGCUGAGGAGCAAAGUGGAAGCGAUACUCAUAAAUAGUGCUAGAGAUUUGAGAUCCCAAGAUAUUAGAGUGAACAAAGCGUUGAGUGAACGUAUAGCUCGCACGGAGCAAGUGAAAAUUGAAUUGGAGAAUCAGCUACGUUUAACGCUGAGUAAAAUAGUGGAGACGGAGAAUAUAUUGGAGACAUUACACGAAGAAAUUAUGAAGGUAAAGCAACGUAUACAAGUGGCACAGACGAGGCUGAACACUAAAAACUGCAGGCCCAAUGUCGAGAACUGUAGAGAAGGAUCCCUGGUAGGACUGAUUGAAGAAGUGAGAGACUUGAAUGACAGCAUGAGUCUUCUCCAAAAGAGGUCGUUGGAAACGGAGAAGUUGAGAGCGGAUUUAAUUCACGAGAGAUCCAUUUUGGAGAACGAAAUAAUAGUAAAAAAGAAGACGUUACAUAUUGAUGAUGAGAGGUGCCUAUUUCUAAGAUCUCACUUUCAAUCUGCCGAGAAACUUUGCGGUUUUUAAGGUUGCCAUCCAAACAUUGCUUUAGCGUAUAAGUGUAACCAUUGU